UCAGUAUUACUUCACUCAAUUCUUGAUAUAUCGUUGUACAGACUCGAAUUUAGCCACAUCACCCCACCCGCCAUCUUGAAUUUUUUGGUGGGUGGAGUGCAGGAUUUGCGUUUUUCGUGCAUUUUGCUUGUAUAAUGGACACUGUGGGAGAUGGUACUGUGACAGUACCAUUGGCCCAGGAUGACAUUAAUGUGCAGCUUGUAAAUGGACAUAUCUAUGCAAACACUUGUAAUAUUCAGGUGUCUGACACGAGCCAGAUUCCAAUUCAAAUAACUCUCGAUUCUAGCCAGCACAACUAUAGUGCACCUGUUGCCAUGGAACAUGUUGUGAUACGGUCAGAUGAUCAUAACAGUGAUCAGAUUCUUAUUACAGAUACAAGGAGUCUGAAAGAUGAAAUGAACGUGUAUAAUGAUGAUUCUGACACUGACGUUAAUGACAAAGUGAUGUCAGGUUCCUCUAUGGAACAACAUGUGAACUUGAAAGUAGAAAGUGUUUCCGAAGAUCUGAUCCCCGAUAGACUUAGUCUUUAUCAGAGUAUUUAUCACCAUGACUAUAUCGGUACCAUUCCAGUCAUCCAGAGACCGUUGUCCAUUACGAACAGCGAUCAUGUGUCUCCCCAGCUUGGUGAUCAUGAAAACGGACUUGUUAUUGAAGAAGCUGUUGAGGAAGAGAUCAGCACAUCUCAAAGUCUCGACGAGGAGGAGGAGAUAGUGCGUAGCAAACCUCUCACUGCCAUGUAUCUACAGAGGAAAGAUAUUUAUAUCCCGACUCACCGAGAAAGAAGGCUUAGCACACCUACUAAAUCUCCAGGUAGCUCAAAAUUUACGCUUAAGCCAUCUUCCUCAAGGACAUUAGACAUUGAUGAUCUUAAUUCAUAUGAUGAUCUGUAUAGAAUGAGACAGGCGUAUAAUGAUCCUGUUAGUGUUUACCAUCCAAAUACAGGUGAAAUUCACUUUAAAAUGGAGCCGGUGUUUGAUGUGGAACGCAAGUCACCAUCAAAGCGAUCUGUUGAAGCAAUACUUGCAGCUUCUGAAACUAUUAAGAAUCAAGAUAUUGCUUCUGAAGUCGAAAUAGGGACUUACGAAGUAGAGGUUAGUCCGACUAGUAAAAGGGGAAGAAAAAAGAAGGAAAGAAAAGGUGGUAUUGAUGAUGAUAUUGAGCAGAUUAGAAAGGCAGCAAAAGAUGUUGCCUAUACUCUGAAAGGCAUGAAUAAGAAAAAAGAUGGAAGAAAGAGAAGGAAACCUAGAAUACGACUGACAUUGACGAAAUCGAAAAGUCGACAAGUUCAGACUGUGUCGUAUCCUGACGAAGGCAUGGAGUACGAGAGUUCUAGUUCACCUAGUCCAAAGAAGCGUGGCAGGAAAAGAAAAGGUGCGCAGGAAUCACCAAAUAUAAUUUAUCAGUGUGAAUAUUGUGAGAAACAGUUUAAAACGAGAGAGAAAGUUCGUAUUCACACAAAGAUUCAUACGGAGGAGCGGGCUUUCGGUUGUGACAUUUGUGGCUCUCAGUACCGGAGACGAGAGCAUUUAGUGCGACAUUAUCGUCGACACACCAAUGAACGCCCGUACCGAUGUCUCGAGUGUGGUAAAUCAUAUAUGAGAGCGGAACAUCUUAAACGGCACAGUUACGAUCACAGUGGGGAGAAGCCAUUUGAAUGUCCGAUUUGUCCGAGAGCAUUUACCCGACAUGAUAGGUUAAUUAAGCAUUCACUUGUACAUGACAAAUAGGAAGAUCAGAUAUAGAUUUAAUUUAUUUAUAUUCAUUGUAUUGAUUGAAACAUAAAUUGUUUAAAAAAGAUAUGACAAAUUAAUUUAUAGAUUUAUUUAAACAGUUUAAUGAAUGUUACAUUAUGAUGUAUAAAAGUAGUGUAUAUUUGUACAUUAUGUUUAUUCUCUACAGGGAGUU